AUGUUCCUUUUAUGUAGAUUCUUUCAACAAGGAAGUACUUUCAACUGUCUAUCCAUAUCUAUCCAUAUUGUUUUGUCCAUAUCUCACUCUCUCUAUCAUGGUUUUCCAUAUAUCUCUCUCUAUCUCGGUCUGUCUCUCUCUCUCUCUAUCUAUCUUGGUCUGCCUCUACCUAUCUAUCUAUCUAUCUAUCUCGGUCUGUCUCUACCUAUCUAUCUAUCUAUCUCGGUCUGUCUCUAUCUAUCUGUCUAUCUCGGACUGUCUCUACUUAUCUAUCUGUCUAUCUAUCUAUCUAUCUCGGUCUGUCUCUACCUAUCUAUCUAUCUCGGUCUGUCUCUAUCUAUCUGUCUAUCUAUCUAUCUAUCUCGGUCUGUCUCUACCUAUCUGUCUAUCUCGGUCUGUCUCUACCUAUCUGUCUAUAUCGGUCUGUCUCUAUCUAUCUGUCUAUCUAUCUAUCUAUCUCGGUCUGUCUCUACCUAUAUAUCUAUCUCGGUCUGUCUCUAUCUAUCUGUCUAUCUCGGUCUGUCUCUAUCUAUCUGUCUAUCUAUCUCGGUCUGUCACUACCUAUCUGUCUAUCUAUCUAUCUAUCUCUCUAUCUAUCUAUCUAUCUUGGUCUGUCUCUACCUAUCUAUCUAUCUAUCUUGGUCUGUCUCUACCUAUCUAUCUAUCUCGGUCUGUCUCUAUCUAUCUAUCUAUCUAUCUAUCUAUCUCAGUCUGUCUCUAUCUAUCUAUCUAUCUAUCUCGGUCAGUCUCUAUCAAUCUAUCUAUUUCAGUCUGUCUCUAUCUAUCUAUCUAUCUAUCUAUCUAUCUAUCUCUCUAUCUGUCUGUCUCAGUCUGUCUCUAUCUCAGUCUAUCUGUCUAUCACAGUCUGUCUCUUUCUAUCUACCUAUCUAUCUAUCUCGGUCUGUCUCUAUCUAUCUAACUAUCUAUCUCGGUCUGUCACUACCUAUCUAUCUAUCUAGGACUGUCUAUAUCUAUCUCUCUAUCUAUCUUGGUCUGUCUCUAUCUAUCUAUCUAUCUCAGUCUGCCUCUAUCUAUCUAUCUAUCUAUCUAUCACAGUCUAUCUGUCUAUCUACCACAGUCUGUCUCUAUCUAUCUAUCUAUCUAUCUAUCACAGUCUGUCUCUAUCUAUCUGUCUAUCUAUCUAUCUAUCUCGGUCUGUCUCUAUCUAUCUAUCUCGGUCUGUCUCUACAUAUCUAUCUAUCCAUCUAUCUAUCUCGGACUGUCUCUAUCUAUCUAUCCAUCUAUCUUGGUCUGACUAUCUAUCUAUCUAUCUAUCUCAGUCUCUAUCUAUCUAUCUAUAUCAGUCUCUAUCGAUCUAUCUCUCUCAGUCUCUAUCGAUCUAUCUAUCUAUCGGUCUGUCUCUACCUAUCUAUCUAUCUAUCUCUCUCCGUCUGUCUCUACCUAUCUAUCUAUCUCUCUCGGUCUGUCUCUAUCUAUCUCUCUCUCUCGGUCUGUCUCUAUCUAUCUCUCUCGGUCUGUCUCUAUCUAUCUAUCUAUCUGUCCUUAUCUCUUUAUAUUGGCCUGUCCCUAUCUGUCUGUCUAUCAAUCUUGGUCUGUCCUUAUCUGUCUAUCUACCUAUUUCGGUCUCUAUCUAUCUCCCUAUCUAAAAAAAGUUUUCAUAUAAUUACACAUUUACGACCGAAUUUACCAAUACUAUCUAUGCAUCUAUCUAUCUAUCUAUCUAUCUAUCUAUGCAUUUAUCUAUCUAUCUAG